AUGUCGAAGUCUCUGGGCAAUGUCAUAGAGCCAAUGGAAGUGAUGAGUGGAGUAACCCUCGAAGGCCUUCACAAGAGGCUGGAGGAGGGCAACCUACAUUCGAGGGAAAGGAUCAUCGCAAAAGCAGGUCUGGCCAGGGACUUCCCUAAUGGGAUUCCUGAAUGUGGGGCUGAUGCUCUUCGAUUCGCCCUGCUGUCGUAUACAACAAAGUCCGAAAAAAUAAAUCUCGAUAUAUCCAGAGUUGUGGGUUACCGUCGAUGGUGUGAUAAGGCCCGGUCUGCUGUUCGGUUUGCUAGGAGCAAGCUCGGAGGUGAAUACAUCCCUCCUGAAAUCCUUGCUCUGGAGACCAUGCCUUUCGGCUGCGAGUGGAUAUUGUCUUUGCUAAACCGAGCUAUCGUCAAAACUGUAGCAUCGCUUAACUCAUACGAGUUCUCUGAUGCGACCAAAGCCGUUUAUUCGUGGUGGCAGCAAUUAAGUGAAGUGAUUAUCGUGGCAAUCAAGCCUUAUUAUGUGGGCGAUGACAUUUUUGUCCCUGAAAGGACUGCUGCACAGUUUGUUUUGUGGUUGUGUCUGGACUACGGCUUGAGAAUGCUGCAUCCUUUCAUGCCAUUUGUCUCAGAAGAACUGUGGCAUCGCUUUCCUUCAUUGGAAGGUGUGGAGAGAAAUGAGUCAAUUAUGACAAGCGAUUAUCCUUCUCCUGUUGAGGUGACAUUUGGUCUAACUGAGACCUUAGCCAUCAAAAGUUCUUCCUACUCUUAUUAUAACAAUACCCUUCAAGUUCAAAUUGAAGUAGUAAAUAUGAAUUCGUUUCAGUUUGAUUGA